AGAGGACAAACUUCAUUACAGUCUGCUGUAAAACUGGGUUGUUAUGAGAUAUGUAAAUUACUGAUUGAUGCUGGUGCUGAUGUCAAUAUGGCUGAUGCUGAAAGCAAUUCAUUACUUAUAGUAGCUUGUCAAAAUAAUCAUAAUGAUAUAGCUGAACUAUUGAUACAGUAUAAUGCUGAUAGAGAUUUUCAGAAUUCUGAUGGUAAUACAGCUCUAAAUAUUUGUGGAUGUGAUGGAAAUGUGACUAUUACUCAAUCUCUAUUAAAUAUGGGAUGUGAUGUUAAUAUUUGUAAUUAUAAAAUACAAUCCCCUGUAUAUACAGCUUGUUAUUAUAAACAUAUUGAGAUUGUUAAACUGUUAGUUAAUGUGAAAGACUGUGAUAUCAACUGGGGCGAUGUUACUCAUUGUACACCUUUAAUGUUAGCUUGUGAAGUUGGUUGCCUUAAAAUUGUCCAGCUACUGUUACAAGCAGGUAAGGAUUUAAUUUUUAUCCAGAUAAAGCAAAUUUCUCCUGUAAGAUCAAAAGCACACCAUAUACAGAAUUCUGUUUAUGGCCAACAGAUUCUGAUAAGGUUUCAAAGGAUUAAAAAUGGAUGCAAGUAA